UGAACCAGAAAGUCCGGGCCUUCAUCUUUCUAAUUGGUUGGUGAAAGGUGACGUCGAGACGACAGAACCAGUUUGGUUUGUGGUGAAAAAAAGUAAAAGGGCAUCGCUGUGAAGACAUUAUAUCCUUAGUCCUAAAAUAAUUGAAGACUUCACAGGACUGCUACCAUCCCAGAGAGGUCACAUCUUCCUCCAUGAAGAAGUACAUCUUGCACUGCAUCCUCAGCAUUCUAGUGCUGUUUCCUCUUUACGUCUGGCUAAAUGGAUCCUUGUCCCGAAGAUGGAGUCCAGAAGUUUCCUUGUCCGACAACUCAGAGCCACGCAACUUGACCAUCUUGCUGUGGCACUGGAACGCUGAACGUGCUCGGGCUAUCAGCCAGAACAUGUGCUGGGAACGUUUCAACAUCCCACACUGUAAAGUUAUGAUGCAGGAUGCCAUGUACAUGAAGGCAGACGUGGUGGUGUUCCUUAACCUUGAGCUGGCAAAAGGACGGAUGAAACUGCCCCUGGAUCUCCCCAGGCCGCCGGGCCAGAGGUGGGCUUGGUUCUCCGUACAGUCCGCUAAUAACAACGGGAACCCGCUGGGAGAAUAUGGAGGCGUGUUCAACCUCACCGUGAGCUACAGGAGGGACGCAGAUGUUAGCAUACCAUACGGUGGGUUUGUACCACGAGAGUUUGGAGACCCAGUGGACGACAUCCCAAUGAAGAAAACUGAUCUGGUCUGCUGGGUGGUCAGCCACUACAAGGAUUCCUUCAGAAGAAGCCAAGUGUACAAAGAACUCAGCGCGGUCAUUCCUGUAAAGGUCUAUGGACACUGGUCAAAUAAUCCUCUUGCGCCUAAUGACCUUCUUCCUACAAUAUCUCGUUGCUACUUCUAUUUGGCCUUCGAGAACAGCAUCUCCAAAGAUUAUAUCACAGAGAAACUGUGGAUCAAUUCCUACCAAAGUGGGGCGGUGCCGGUCGUCUUGGGACCACCGGUGGAGGACUACGAGGCUGUGGCGCCGCCUCACUCUUUCAUCCACGUCGACGAGUUUGCUUCGGUGAAAGAACUUGGCGAGUAUCUGCAGGAGCUGGCGGGCGAUGCCAAGCGUUACGGCGAGUAUCUGCAAUGGAAGAGAGACUGGAAGGUGCAACCGACCAUUAACAAGGAAUGGAGAUUGUGUCAGAUCUGCUUGCGGUACCCCAGAUUUCCUCCGCACAAAGUCUACACUGACCUGGCAGCCUGGGUUAAAGCUACUUAAAAACCUCUGAAGCCCGACAUCAUCAUUCAUUAUUCAUACUUUAUUUAGUGAUGUAAGAAAUGAACGUGCAAAUACAACAGUUUGGACAACGGCAUUGACUUGUAAACCAGUAAUCGAGAAUAGUUUGUAUUAAUAGUAAAUAGUCAAACAGUUGACUGAAAUGGCGAUCUCUUUUGUAUUUCUCUGACGAUCCUAACACCUAUAAGUGUCAUUUUAACACAUGAAAUAAUUACCUCUCGAUUCAAUAAAACCUCAUCGAGCUGGA